CAUCCUCCAACACCUCGCCUGCUUUCUGAGUAAACACAGACAAGACCAAAAAGACAAAAUCAUAUCGUUACUCAUCAUCGUCAUCUCGUCAUUCCUCAUUUCACAUUCUUCAUAGCCACACAGACCACACCCCCAUGUUCAAUCAAUAAACUCCAACACUCUCCACCUCCACCCGCUCAGCAACUUGAUGUCGUCAUCCUUGAGGACAUCCCCGUCCCUGCCAUUACUGGUACUCUCCACCUUGUUCACCAGCUUCUUCAACCGCUUGGAGGCCGUCUUGGCCACUCUCAGCGACACCUCAUUCGAAAAGAUGUACAAAACGGCAAAAACAAAGAAGGUGACAGUCGUCAGGCCGGGCCUGUGACCUUUGGUUGCGGCAAGAAUGCGACCGAGCAGACUCUUGGACUUGAUGAAGGCAUACUCCGUCCUGGUUUUGGUCUUUUUCUCGCUUGAAGGUCUUCGGAAGAGCUUCUUGACAAGAGGGAUAAAAGUGCCACUGUGCAUAUUGUUAGUGUGGUUUUGAAGACGGAACGCAAGAACCGAGCUUACAAUAUACUGCCAACGAUCCACCUUCUCCACCUCUGGUCCUCGGCGUCUUCCACAAUUUGAAUCAUCUCUUGUCUCAGGCCCUUGAGAUAACCGAGGACGGUGGCUGUCUGGGCUCUGAUCUUGUCCGAAAUCUCAUCAUAAUCUCUUCUGGUGCCCUUGGAUGCGAUCAUCUUCCUCUGGCGUUGUAGGUUGGCGAGUUCAAUAACUUCCUUCUCAGCUUUCUGGCGCACAGAUUUGAGGGUGGGCUUGUAGUAGGAGGACUGCACCGCGAGAGGUAGCGGUGUUGUCGAGUGGAUUGGUAGUGCCCCAUGGUGAGGAGGACCGGACAGAGGCGCAGGGGGAAUGUAGCUCAUGCCAACACCUGAAGUAGCCGCUGGACCGGGCAUCGAUUCAACGCCUGUCCCAUAGUAGGAUGCAGAGGCGCCGUUGGCACCCGACACUGGGGGGUAGUUGGGCGAGAUACCGGUGCUGUGGGAAGGGAGAGGGUAGCCUGAGCCAGGAGGUGGACGGCCAUAGUCAUGGCGUGGUGGAUAGGACGAGUCUGGACCUUGCGGAGGACGGUAGCUGUCGGUGACGAUGGGAUAGGGGUCAAUCGAGCCGUUGGGUCCGGAUAUGGGAGCAGCGGCGGUAAAGUAGGAAGCGGCUUCUCCAGUUGGGGCUCUGUCAUCACCGCGGGCUUUGUCAUCGCCACGGUCUCUGUCGCCGCGAUCUCUAUCACCGCGAUCUCUGUCACCACGGUCUCUGUCAACGCGGUCUCUGUCAACGCGGUCCCUGUCGCCUCGACCACGCUUCCUGUCCCGGUCGUCGGGCGGAGUCAGUGGCUUAUCGGGUCUCUCCAUGCUGGCGGUGUCAAAGUACCUAUCAUCAACAAAGCAAAGCUGGAAGAAACAAGAUAUUCACACGGAAAGAUCAAGAGCAAGAUCAAAACGAUGCAACGGCUAAAAACAUGACAUGAAACCACAUGGGGUGAGGGUGAGGGCAAUUCUUUGGCAUCUCAAAUUCGAGGUGGCUGGGAGUCGGGAUUUUUGGGGCAUUUGGGGGUUCCGUUGUGGCAUCCGAUGUGGCACGGGCGCAAAGCACAAAGGCAGCUGAAAAGGGAGCUUGGGCCACUUCCCCGCGCGUCAUUUUAGUUUGUGCCGAUCAACUGAGACCUUUCGGUUUCUCCAAGAUCCACAUCCCGUCCGUCAUGUUGUGCAAGCGUGAAGAACGACGACGAACGAUGGAUGGUGAUGAUGAUGAUGGGGGGGUGAUGGGGGAUGGGUAGUAGGGAAGGGAAGAGAUGUCCUCAAAUCAAUAAAAUCACAAGGCUGACUCCCUAUUCCUUGCCAGUUAUUCCCAAAACAGCUGCCCGUUCAAGUCCGAGUGCACAUUUGAGCAGAAAACACCUGUGCUCGGUCCGGGGCCGAGAUGAUGGGGGGCUUUCCGGACAAUUUAAUCGUGCCUUAGUUCGGUCUGGCGGCAUUAUUUCUGUACAACCCGCCGCAACGUCAGCGCCACCAUGAAUUGGUGGAGGCAGCCGUCUAAUUGCAGGGUCAAGCAUAUCACUUGCCUUGUGAAGCCGCGCAAGUCAUCAAGCGCUUCUUUCGUGAUGCUUUCCUUUGUGGCACUACUUCUUGCAAAUGCCUUGGCUCCAAUUACUAGGUACCUCGAGGUAUAAGUAUACCUCUUGAUUCGACCCCUGAGUGUUGUAGUUCACCACCAAUCCCCUCAUCCAAACACCAAAACACACAUACCGCUAUCACCAGCCCUACAUUGCAAGGCCAAUGGAUUCCUUACACGAGCAGCAGUUCCACAUCCGUGAUCUUCCCACGCGGACUGUCACUCUCUUCCCAACCAGAGCACAGGUUGUCAGAGACAUCAAAGAGGUUGCCCUGAAGCCGGGAGCCAACGAGAUCGCCGUGGUGGGAUUAUCUCCGACUGUUGACGAGGAAUCUAUCAAAGUCGAGGGCAUUGGUUCAGCCAUCAUCACCGAUAUCACCAUUGAGUUGCUCCCCAAUCGUGACAUCUUUGAGGAGAUCUAUCCUGAUUCCGACUCGGACUCGGAAGAGGACGAGUCCGAGGAGGAUGACGAGUUCACAAGGAAGGCCAACGACGAGCUCAAGGCAGUGCGUGACUCUCUCCAGACAUUGUAUGACAAGAGAGACCGCGAGGAUGAGAUUAUCGAGAGUGCUAUCAAUCGCCAAGGUUUUCUCGAAUCCUAUGGCCGCUCGUUGGAGAAGAAGAAGGGCAACUUCAACAUUGAUGACAGCCUCGAGAUGUAUCGCAAGGAGCGGGACAAGACCUUCGAGGAUAAGAUGAGCGCCACCAUUCGGAAGCGCGAGAUUGCCGCAGAGAUCGACAAGCUUCAGCUGGAGGAGGCACGGCUACUCAAGUUGGAGGCAAAGGAACUGGCCAAGAUCAACAAGGCCAAAGCAAAGGUCCAAAGGGCAAAGGACAAGGUUAGAGCUCAGAAGCUCCGGCGCAGGGCCAAAAAGGAGAAAGAGAAGGCCCGCAUUCGCAAAGAGCGGGAACAGUUUUGGCCCAAAUCAUGCUAUACUAUCCGCGUCACGCUUGAUGCUACCAGUCUGUCCCCUUCCUCGUCACGCCGGAGCUCGGUUGCCAGCGCUGCUGAUGUCAAACUGGCCCCUGAAAAGCCCAUGGAAGAUACCAUCACGUACUGCGAUCUGUCUCUCAGCUACGUCACCACGUCUGCUUUCUGGUCACCCAGUUAUGAUUUGGCCCUGUCCACCACCGCCAACUCGGCCAUUCUCUGUUUCGAUGCCCAGCUGACCAACAUGACCUCGGAGACUUGGACCAACGCCAAGGUGAUUCUGAGCACACCACAGGCUAGUUUCUCUGGCCUACACGACGAGUCCCCAAGGCUCUUGCCUUGGCGGAUCAAGCUAGGUGGCCGCGCUGCCCAUUUUACCAGCGACCAAGCCAUUUACAGUCGUGAGGAGAGGACACAGAAAGAGAUAUGGAACGCGGCGCAAAAUAAUUCCCAGCAGCAAAAGCCGCGCGCUGAGCUGUUUGGCGUCAGCAAACCACAGCCACACCGUCAAUUUUACACACAGGGUGGGGGGGAGGGGGUUGCUUUUGCUCUGCUUGGUGAAGCCUCACCACCUCCACCACCGCCGAGCAACCCAGCGCCGUUGGCGUGUAGUAUGGGGGGACCGGGCCUGGCGAAAGGGCUAAAUCUGCGCUCCGCAAACAUGUCGGCAAUGAGCAAAUGCCGCAGGAGCGGAAAUGCCCCCGACGGUGCAGUGUCAGAGGCGAUGGAAUACGAAGACUACGACGCCCAAACCGUCCUCGAGCCCACCCCCGAAAUCUCCUUCCAGGACUCCUCCUUUGAGGAAACCGGCCUCACCGCCACCUACGACCUCCCCAACCCCAAGACACUGAGGCCGAGCUCGACCGCCUCCAAGCAGCGCGUCGCGAGGAUCACCUUCUCCAACGUCGUGUUCGCCAGGACCGUCGUGGCCAAGUACAAGCCUGCCGCGUACCUCAAGGCCAAGCUCCGCAACACGAGCAAGCUGACGCUGCUGAAGGGCCCGACGGGCCUGACGCUGGACGGGACGUUCAUGGGCCGGUCUACGCUUCCGAGGUGCAGCGCCGGGGACACGUUCAAGAUCCCGCUGGGCGUUGACCCUGCCAUCAAGGUUGCCUACCCCAAGCCGGAGGUCAAGAGGAGCACCACCGGGGUGUUCACCAAGGGGGAUAACAGCGUUUACACCCGGGCGAUCACUCUGGUCAACACGCGGGCUGCUCAAGGGGCCAAGCCGGUCGAGGUUUUGGUGUUGGAUCAGGUUCCCGUCAGCGAGGAUGAGAAGCUGAGGGUGGAGCUGCUGCACCCGAGGAUGAGCGUCAGCGGAGGGGGUAUGCCGACCGGAGUGCCGGGUAAGGACGGGAAAGAGGAGGCCAACUGGGGCAAGGCGGUGUCGUUUUUGAAGAAGGGCGGGGAGGUGAACUGGGAGGUGGUGCUCAACGCGGGACGGAGCGUCAAGUUGACGUUGGAGUACACCAUCGAGAUGCCGUCUGGGGAGAAGGUGGUGGAGUGCUAGUGGCUUGCUUUCCUUCUAUCAAGGAGACGCCGAAUGAUGGCGUGUUUAUCUUUCCAGAACCAGAAAAGAAAGGGGAAGAAAAAGUAAGGUCAAGUAGCUUUCUUUGAGCGAGGUUUAGCUGAAGUUCCAGCAGGGGUGUGCGUCUUUAUUGGUUGAUAUACGGUUGGGACGGGAUGUGAUCUAAGGCAAGUACCGUUUAAGAUAGGCGAAUGCAAGAGUUUCCAAACCUCUGGGAUUGCCA